ACACCGAAGUAAAAGUCAACUUUGCGGGUACACAACUAUCACUGUGUUAUCCAAUCGACUGUCGCCAACCAUCGGGACUCACUAUCGGGUCUGAUAUUUGUUUGCCGUUGUACACUUGUACUAUUGCAGUUAUAUGUGUAAACAUAGUAGGUAUUAAUACCAUUUUCGAGAUGAAAAUCUUUGGUUCAGAUAAAAUCGUUUUACCUUUGAUAUUGCUGUUGUUCGUGUUCACGAUAAAGACAAUCGAUGCUUUUCUAUUGAAAUCCAUUUGGCGACAGUUUGUGAAGAACAGUGCACUUAAAAACGGCGCCACUGAUUCCAUACAACUUCACCAGGACGUGGUCGACAACACUUCCACUGAUACGAUACAACUUCAGCAGGUCAUCGACCACGAUAGCUCCACGGACACAGCACAACCUCAGCAGGACGUUGACGAAGAAAAUGAUGACGAAUCAGACGAACACAGAAGGUCGCCGAUGUCUGUUGAUGGAACCAGCUUGGAUUUGAUCUAUUGGAACUCAAAACUUGGAAAUAAUCAUCCUGUAGUAAUUGAGUUUGGUAAUGAAAUGCAAAUAAAGGAAUAUUGGCUUCAUGGUAAACCUUUAAAAGUCAUUACGCACGGGUGGCUCGGGUCGGACGAAGACGAUAAAGGAGUGUUUGCAAUAAAAACAGCAUAUGUCGCUACCGAAAAUUGUAACGUCAUCACUGUAGAUUGGAAUCGGGUAGCGAGUAACGUACUGUACCCAAUGCCAGCUUACUUGACUACUCAAGUAGGUUCAGUGAUUGCCAAGGUGUUGGAAAAUGUCGUAAACCUUGCAUUGAUUGAACCAUCCGAUAUACACGUUAUUGGUCACAGUCUUGGUGCACACGUUUCUGGAGCUUGUGGUGCUGCCUUCAGUUUGGGGAAAAUCGGCAGGGUUACAGGUUUAGACCCGGCUGGUCCAGGAUUCGAGUACGUGUCUUUGCGAUCAGAUAGUUUGGAUAGUAGUGAUGCGGAAUUUGUGGAUGUGAUACAUACAGCGAUAGGAACAGCCGGAUAUUCGAAAGCCAUAGGGCAUGCAGACUUUUACCCUAACGAAGGCAAACCACCUCAACCAGGAUGUCUAGAUUCGUACAUGCCGAGUGCGUGGGUAAAACUAAUAGGCUGCAGUCAUUCGAGAGCACAUGAAUUGUAUACCGACUCCCUGUACCACAGAAACUCACUUAUAGCUGUGAAGUGUUCUUCGUGGGAUGAGUAUUUAAGUGGAAAAUGUAAAAAUAAUACCAAAAGUCCUAUGGGACACGAUGCAGAUCCCAAAGCGAGAGGUAUUUUUUACCUUGAGACAAACAGUACCAGCCCAUAUGCGAUUGUGGCCAUUGCAUGAAAAAUAUACUCACAAUAAGAAUUAUAGUCAUCUAUGAUUUAAUUUUUUUUAUGUAUAACUUAUUUGAUUGUUAUUUU